GCAAAGCUCUACGAGGAGCCAAAAUACAUUGUUUUCGAGAGCUGCCUCACCCAGCUGUUCAAGACAUGCCGGGAGUGCUUCCAGCCCUGCAGAUGCUCCUUUACGACCAGUGGAACACUGGUGACAGUGCUGGCGGAGUGUCACCAGGGUCACACCUUUCAGUGGACGAGCCAGCCACACAUAGGCAAAAAGGCAGCAGGGAAUGCCUUGCUUUCUGCUGCACUUCUGUAUAGCGGCUCGAGCCCCACCUGCACUUUACGCAUGCUGAGGCAAAUGCGUGUCCAGGUGCUCACAGACCGCCAGUAUUACCGGUAUCAGGGUGCAUACCUAUUCCCUACGGUCAAUAAGGUAUACAAACAACAACAGCAGGGGCUCCUCGAGGACCUGGGCACCGACCCCACUUCUCUUGCCUCAGAUGGCAGGUGUGACUCGCCUGGCCACAGCGCAAAGUUCCUGACUUACAGCUUCUACUCUGAUAGGCUAAACAAAAUUAUACACUUUGAGCAAGUUCAGGUGAAGGAGUCCACGGAAGUGCAGGCUAGCAGCCAUAUGGAGAAGGAGGGUCUUGUGCGAGGACUGAAGUUUAUGGAGGACAACCAUGUCCAUGUGGCCUCUCUCACGACUGACCGGCACCCGGCCACAAAAAAGUACAUGCGCACCGCCAAGCCAGGCAUCAAACACUAUUUCGACGUGUGGCAUGUGUCGAAAGGCAUAAAGAAGAAGCUCUCAGCCUCCAGCAACACUGUAGCCACAAGGGACCUCAAACAGUGGAUACCAGCCACCGUCAACCAUAUAUAUUGGUGCGCAGCUGUGAGUGGUGGUGACGGUGACUUGCUGGCUGCCAUGUGGAAGAGCUCCGUAAAUCACGUGGCUAACAUCCAUGAGGGUCACGACCCCAGCUACCCACGUUGUCUGCACAAGCCCAACCAGGAGUCAACCUGGCUUCAGCCUGGAUCUGCAGCACAUGCAAAGUUCAAGGCCAUUGUUACUGCUCCCCUCCUGCUGAAAGAUAUACCCCAACUGUCCCCUGCCACGCAGACAUAUGGCCUUGAAAGUUUCCAUAGCGUGCUCAACAACUUCGCACCAAAGUCAACGGCAUUUUCCCCUGAAGGAAUGUUGGAGCGAACAUCCCUCGCCAUUCUCCACUUCAAUGAAAAUUCCUGCCGCAAACAAGCACAGACUUUGACUGCUGAAGAGCGUUGGAAACUGAAGGUGCAAAAAGGCAGGGGAGGGCACAUCAGUGCAUGA